UACUGGUGGGGUAGGGAGGCAGGGUUGGAAGCUGGGAAACACCUUACUCUGAGAUGCUGUAGAGACUCCCUCCAGGCCUUUGGCAGGGGCCAUGUAUGUGAUAGACUGUCCAGUCUGUAAACACCAGUGUUACCUGAAAGACAUUGUGGAGAACUAUUUCAUGAGAGACAGUGGGACAGAGUCUGCUACAGACAGUAAGGAGGCCAACCAGUGCUGCACCAGCUGUGAGGACAAUGCCCCUGCUACCAGCUACUGUGUGGAGUGCUCAGAGCCACUGUGUGAGACUUGUGUUGAUGCACACCAGCGAGUGAAGUACACAAAGGAUCACACAGUCCGGUCCACAGGUGGGUCGAAGUCCAAGGAGGGGGCACGCACAGUCUACUGCUCUGUCCACAAGCAGGAGCCCUUGGUACUUUUUUGUGACACCUGUGACACACUGACCUGCCGUGACUGUCAGCUCAACGCGCACAAGGAUCACCAGUACCAGUUCCUGGAGGAUGCUGUCAGGAACCAGCGCAAGAUGCUGUCAUCACUUGUGAAGCGCCUGGGGGACAAGCAUGCCAACCUGCAGAAAUCCACCAAGGAAGUGCGCAGCUCGAUCCGGCAAGUGACAGAUGUGCAGAAGCGGGUCCAGGUAGAUGUGAAGAUGGCCAUUCUGCAAAUAAUGAAGGAGCUCAAUAAGCGUGGCAAAGUGCUGGUCAGCGACGCACAGAAAGUGACAGAGGGGCAGCAGGAGAAGCUGGAGCGGCAACAUUGGGCCAUGACUAAGUUGCAGCGCCACCAGGAGCACAUCCUGCGAUUUGCAUCCUGGGCCUUGGAGAGUGACAACAACACUGCCCUGCUGCUCUCUAAGAAACUGAUCUACUUCCAGCUGCACCGUGCCCUCAAGAUGAUUGUUGACCCUGUAGAGCCUCAGUGUGAUAUGAAGUUCCAGUGGGACCUGAAUGCCUGGACCAAGAGUGCUGAGACCUUUGGAACAAUUGUGUCAGAGAGGAAUGUUACCCUGCCAACACCAGCACCCAAUGCCCAGCCUGCGCAGACCCAGCGUGCCAACGCCACUGGCCCAGCAGCAGGAGGAGCGGCGAAACAGGUCUCCAGCACUUCCCAGGUACUGGCACCUCUUAAGAAUGUCUCUCCUAUGGUCCCAAGCCGGCCCCGGGCUGCUGUCCCCCAGAGCCAGCCUCCACCUCUGCAGCAGCAGCCGCCGAUGCAGUCUCCCCGGAUCCUGACGGCCACCACGGCCCCCCUGGUAAACACCGGCAGCACCGUCGUACAGCCCCUACAGGUCCAGCUAGUGCAGCAAGGCGGCCUCCUGCAGAUGAAUGGCCAGCAGCAAGUCAUGGGUCAGCUGGUGCUCGUCCCCCAGGUCAAUGGGACUCAGGGUGUGCAGCAAGUCACUGUGCAGUCCAGUGUUGUGAGCAAGGGUCAGUAUGCCCCGGGACCCCUGCUACUGCCCUCUAACCAGGUGGGGCCAAAACGGAUUGCUGCUGCUGCUGCCACUGCAUCCCCUGACUCGUUCAAUACUGAAGGCAAUGCUCAGGCAUCCUCCACCACACAACCCAUGGACACUCAUGAUGAAGGCUAUUCCAACUCUGAGCUAGCAGAUGGUGCUUUCUCUGGAAGGGCUGAAGCUAAUGUAUCAGGAUUGAAGAGGACCAAGGCAACAGAUGGUGAUGUGAACAGCAUCAUGCGUAAGGUGCCACGUGUCAGCUUGGAGCGCCUCGAUGUGGACUUGACCGCUGAUAGCCAGCCACCUGUCUUCAAGGUUUUCCCUGGCAACACCAAUGAGGACUACAACCUCAUUGUCAUUGAGCGUGGGGCCCAGCAGGCCACUGCCCCACAUCCUGGAGCUGUGGUUAAGGAGGAGCAGAUGGAAGCAGCAAUUGAGGAGCCAAAGGACACCAAACCAGUCAUCUUAUCCCACGAUGCUGAGGGUAAUGUGCCCCGCCUCAUCUCCCCAAGCGGGAGCAGCAGUUCUGGCCUGGAUGUACAACCAGCCCACAACCAGGAUGGUGGCUUAGAGGCAACCGACUCGGCACGCUGCAAGGUCUGCCAGAAGGCUGGCUCCGUGGUGAUGUGUAACCAGUGUGAGCAAUGCUACCACCUGGACUGCCACCUCCCUGUGCUGCAGGAGAUUCCUAGCCAGGAAUGGAGAUGCCUGUUGUGCCAGGACCUAUCGGCAUUUGGUGAUGAGGACGGCACCAGCUUCCCCACUUCGGAGGGUCCUCAAAAACUCUCUCCCUCGGAUCAGCAGAAGUGUGAGCGUGUCCUGCUGGAGUUGCUGUGCCAUGAGCCCUGCCGGCCUCUUCAUCAACUCUGCAACUCCACAGAGGGUCAGAACACCAUUGACCUGACCUUGAUCCGGGCCAAGCUGCAGGAGAAGCUAUCUCCACCUUACCGCUCCCCUGAGGAGUUUGCUGAAGAUGUUUGGAGGAUGAUCAAGCAGUUCAACAAGCUGACGGAGGACAAAGAAGACGUCCAGUCCAUCAUUGAACUGCAGCGCUUCUUUGAGGCCAAGAUGAGCAUCUCCUUUGGUGACAGGAAGUUUUCUGCAGUGUUGGUUGAGCCCAUCCACCUGGACGAGCUAGGUGGUGAGGGUGGCAGCAGUCUGGGCCGCAGCUCCCCCACUGGCCCCCCGGGUGAUGGUGCUACCACCACCACUCCAAAGGAGGAUGCUUAGGCACUGGCCACCUUAUGGCUGGGGGACUUGGCCAUCCUGCUCAGCAGUCAUUGCCACCCACAUGGACCAGAGCAGCUCCCCAGCCCUGGGAGGGUGCAUCCCCCUUUGGACUCCCCUAGCCCGUGCUGCCUUUCCCCUUGCCAAUGCUCCUGUCCCAGCCGGGAUGCUGCAUGGGUGUGGCAGGCCCCUUUUACUCCAGAUGAAGUGCUGUCCUAGGAGACCUCUCUACCACAAUGCCUAUCAUAUGGUCUGGGUUGGAGGGUUGUGCAUACACUGGUUCCUGCUGGGGUGUCCCAUCUGAAUGUUGGCAUCCCAUACUUCAGGGUCACUCCCAGCUGGGUCAUGGGCCCUCUCCCUUCUCCAGAUGUUUUUAGCCUAGGAAAUAUCAGUUUAAUGGGGGGGGUGAGGGGAAGGGAAGAGAUGGCCAUGCUUGGAAGGUCUCAAGUUAUAGGACCUGCUGGGGAGCAGCCCUUGGAGACUGGAAAGCAGGGUGUGGGCUUUUCCUCAGCCAGAGCUUAACUCAGUACUUCAUUUGGAUGCAGGACCUGGAGACAGCCUGUGCUCCUAGGACAUGUUAAAUCUCCUAGUAGAGUUGCUUCUCUGUCUCCUGGCUGACCUGGGAGCUUGCCUUGGGCACAAGGCCUGUGGGCAAGCCCUGGUGCUCAGCUUUGUGAGAAUGGGUGGCUCAGAGAUGGUGCUUACAAAGGGGAAUGGCAGGGACGUUUCAAUCAGGCAGUCCUGACCAGGACCAUUAACCUGAGCUUCCCUCUCUGCCUAGCAUGGGUGUCAGUCUCUACCUCCCAGAACUGUUCCCAGCUGUUGCAAACUUUCUCUGUGACUUUAAUUUUUCCUUCCUUCUCCUUCUCCCCCUCAAGUGCUGCCCCUGCCUUUCGUAGGGAGGGCUUCUGGAGGGGCAGCUGUAGUUUUUGAUGGUUUAGUAAAUGACACCUGAGGCAGCACUUGCCAUUCAGACUCCGGGACCUGUCCCAGCUGUGCAGCCACUCCCUGGCCUGGUAGUGUGUGUCUGUCUCUCUCUCCUCUCACAUGUGUGACAGGAUCCCAAGUGGGGCUUUGCUUGUAUAUUUAGAUUUGCUUUUCUCUCCUCCCUAAUAACUGUUUGCAACCUGUGCGAUGGAAAAUGUGUUUCUCUGAGAAAGGAAUAAAACUGGUUUUAUGUAUC